GCCUCUGCAGGCAGCUUGUCUUAAUCUUGGUGCAGCCAGUCCAGUCUCUAACCUGAGGGCUGAGUGAUUUCCCUCUUCCCAGUAAUGGCGCUCCUCAUCUCCGUAUUCCGGCUGCUUGUCUCCAUCCUGGCAUUCCCCAUCUACCUGCUCAACUUUAUUGGCUUGUGGAGUGGGAUAUGCAAAAGAUGUUUCCCCUGCUUCAUGAAGUACUUCACUGCAAUAUACAAUGAGAAGAUGCUGAGCAAGAAGCAGGAGCUCUUCAGCAACCUGCAGGCAUUCGCAGCUCCUUCUGGGAAGCUUUCCCUGCUGGAGCUGGGCUGUGGCACCGGCGCCAACUUCCAGUUCUAUCCGCCAGGGUCCAAGGUCACCUGUCUGGACCCCAACCCCAACUUUGAGAAGUACUUGAUCACCAGUAUUGCCAAGAACCGACACUUGCAGUUUGAACGCUUUGUGGUAGCUGCUGGGGAGGACAUGCACCAGGUGGCCGACGGCUCCAUGGAUGUGGUGGUCUGCACCCUGGUCCUGUGCUCCGUGCAGAACCAGCAGCAAAUCCUGCAGGAGGUGCGCAGGGUGCUGAGGCCGGGAGGGGCUUAUUAUUUCUUGGAGCACGUAGCAGCUGAGCCUUCAACCUGGACUUACUUCUGGCAGCAGGUCCUGGAUCCGGUCUGGUACCUUGUGUUUGAUGGAUGCAAGCUGACCAGAGAGAGCUGGAAGAGCCUGGAGCAAGCCAGCUUCUCCAAGCUGAAGCUGCAGCACCUGCAGGCCCCCCUGGCCUUGGAGCUGAUGUGCCCGCACAUCUCCGGCUAUGCUGUGAAAUGAUGUGGUAGAAGACAGCUCAGUGGUUCAAGCCACUUGUAGCUCCAGCUUGGCACUUCAGUUGGACAACUAGUUAGCAGAAGGGAAACUGGUUUUUUUUUUUUUUUAAUAAUGUAGUUUAUGUUGAAAUAAUCCCACAUAAUCAAUGAGACAAUUUAAGAAAAUAAUAAUAUAUUCAUGAGAUAGAAAGCAGCAUGUCAUUACAAUUAAAAUACUUGAGCUUGAGUGAAAUAAGUCAGAAACAGAAGGAUGAAUAUGAGAUGAUCUCACUCUCAGGCAGAAGUUGAAAAACAAGAUCAGAAAAGAAAACAGAAGUAGAACUUGAAAUGGAAUUGGCGUAUCACACCAAAGCAAAUUAAAAGUAACUUCCUCAAAAAAAAAAAAAAUACUUGAGGACUGCUGAUCACACAAUAAGAGCAGAAUACAUAGGUAUUACAGGAUGAUGAAUGAAAGCAUUUUUCUGUCCAUUUCCACCCCAAUAUCACUGUAUUGAGGAAAUGCUGUCUUACAUGCUGUUGUCAUGAGAGCACUUUCCCAAAUUUCCCCAAAUGGGUAUCAGUACAUGUGGCCCUUAGCCAAACUACCCUUCCAUUCCACCACAGGGACUGAAGUCACAGACUUUCCCUCAUGACUCUUCUCGCUCCUCUAAGUCCCCACACAAGUUGUGAGAGAUUACAGUCCAUGGAGGGUUCACCCCCAUUGUCGUGUGCUUCUGGGAAACCACAUUUUUUAAUUUAACUUUUUAAUUGCCACCAGGCUAUUACUGGGGUUCUGUGCCUGCCUGACAAACCCACUGGAGGCUCCCUGUGGCCAAUUUUCCUGUCUUCUUUUUUAUUUUAUUUUAUGAGGCAAACAGAAACUGAGAGGGUACAGUCCUGCUUCAUUGCUCAUGAAGCCUCCAUUCCCUGCACCUCCCCCCUAGGCCCACAGGUGGGGGGCAGAGGGCUCAAACACAUACAACAGUAUGGAUAUGUGAGUGCUCAGCUGGGUGCACCACCACCUGGUUGCUAAGGAAAUCAUGUUUGAAAGAGAAAUUUGAGUUAUUAUCCUUAAAAGCUAUGCUGUGACCUAUUUAGUCAUUUUCUACCGUCUCCCCCGGAAUCAAAACCAAUCAAGCAGGAUGAGAGACAUGGCUCAGGCAGAGUCCUUGUUGCCAGGCCUGAAGCUCCAGGUUCAAUCCCAGCAUCACAGUAAAAAAAGGUGUGUGUGUGUGUGUGUGUGUGUGUGCGCAUGUGUGUGUCUGUGUGUCCCUCAAAACCAGGGAAUUUUAUAAGUAAGUCCUACAAUUAUCCCCAAACUUUAUUCAGUGACUUCAAAUUUUUUACAACUGUCACACAGUGUUACUCAACAGAUUUUAAUUUAUCCCCCUAGAAAACUUGAAGUUAUUGGAGCCGGUGAUGGCGCAUCAAGUUAAAUGCACAAAGUAUGAAGCACAAGAACCUGCCAAGGAUCCCAGUUCAAGCCCCCUUUCCCAUCUGCAGUGGGCUCACUUCACAAGUGGUGAAGCAGCUGCAGGUUCUUUCUUUCUUUCUUCCUUUUUUUUUUCUUUUUGCCUCCAGGGUUAUUGUUGGGGCUCUAUGUCUGCACUACAAAUCCACUGCUCCUGGAGGCCAUUUUCCCCUUUUGUUGCCCUUGUUACACUUAUUGUAGUUAUUAUUGUUGUCAUAGCUGUUGUUGUUGGAUAGGACAGAGAGAAAUCGAGAGAGAAGGGGAAGACAGAGAAGAGGAGAGAAAGACACCUGCAGACCUGCUUCACCUCUUGUGAAGCAACCUCCCUGAAGGUGGGGAGCCAGGGGCUUCAACCAGGAUCCUUAAGCCGGUCCUGUGCUUUGCACCAUGUGUGCUUAACCCACUGUGCAUCCCCCAGGUUCUAUCUUUCCCCCAUGUUCCCCUCCUCUCUCAAUUUCUCUGUCCUAUCCAAUAAAAUGGAAAAAAAUGGCCUCCAAGAGCACUGGAUUCGUAACGCAGGCACGGAGCCCAAGCAAUAACCCUGGAAAAAAAAAAGAAAAGAAAGAAAUACUAGUCAGAAAUAUUAGUACAGAACUUUUGGGGAAAAAAAUCCAUCUGUUAUUUAGUAUCACUAGGUUGACUCUCAAAAUUAAUGUACUAGGAAGUUAUAGCUAGUUCUGUCUUACUUUGUUGUGUCUUUUAUAACAAAUAUUUUUUUCAACAUUAUAAUUUUAAUUAUUAAGAUAAAGGCUGGACUUGAUCUUCAGUAGAUCGCUAAGACUGCCUUGCUCAUUUAGGGUUCUUGGGCUCAUUUUAUUAUCAAGCACAUACUUUAAUGAAUAUAGCAGGUUGCAGGCGAUGAAAGGUUCACUGUGAUUAGGAAAAUCUUCUGCAAUGUAGCUACACCAUGUUAGGGGCUCCAUGCAGCCAUCUGUUAGGCUAUACAGUCAGCAUGUGAUUUUUUUAUUCUGAUAGAAUGUUUACUACUGUUCCAAACUGAUUUGUUCCCUCUAACUAUAGAGACUCUGAAAAUCAUCACGAAUGCUCUGAAAACAAGUUUGAGGUUGGCGGGUCACAAGGCUUUCAAUCACAAGAUCUUCUCAUUUGCUCUAUUCCUACUUUCUGGGUCCUGUUUAUUCAAUUUUAUUGUUUUGUCUGACUGCUUCUUGGUGCCUUUCAGCCACUAAAUUGCAGAUGCUACUAUGAUUCCAUCCUGACUUUCCUGGGCAGAUGACUUCACCAAGUGUCCAGGAACCUCACCUUUCUAGAGCCCUAACCUACUAGGGAGAGAUAGAAACAGGCUGGGGGUAUUGAUUGACCUGCCAACGCCCAUGUCCAGCAGAGAAGCAAUUACAGAAGUCAGAACUCCCACCUUCUGCACCCCACAAGGAAUGCCGGUCCAUAUUCCCAGAGGAAGAGCAAUGUUAGGGAAAGAUGACUAGAAGGCUCUGAAUUCUAAUGCCAUUAAGACCCAAAGGACCAGAGAAAGAAGAGGGAAAGAUGAAGGACAUUCAAAAGUAGAAAUAAGUGUAGGUUUGACUUAGUAGGAAAGGAAGGCAGGAUCAUAGGGAAAAAAUGGAAAAAAUAUAAAAACAUAUUUAUAUAAAUUAGUCAACCUGUAUCUGUGACCUUGGGAGAACUACUGCAGUUUCCAAUGGGAACAGAGCUCUGUUGGUGGGAAUGGUGUGGAAUUGGACCUCUGUUGUCUCUUAAUUUUGUAAAUCAGUAUUAAAAUCACUAAGGGAAAAGAAUUAAAAAAAAAGAUUUUUGGGGCCAGCCGGUGGUGUAUCCGGUUAAGUGCACACAUUACAGUGCGCAGGGACCUGGGCUGAAGCUGCUUGUCUCCACCUGCAGGGGGAAGCUUCCCAAGUGGUGAAGCAGGGAUCUCUCUCUCUUUCAUGCUCUCUCAUUUUUUCUCUAUCCAAUAACAAAUGUUUUGAAAAAUAAGAUUUCAGCAAUACUCUGCAUGUAUUUUAUAUUUUUAUAUAUUUUGAGAUGAUUCUGCAAAUGGAUUAUUAUAAGCAUCAAAGUAACUCAUGAGUCUGCAUGCAUUUUUAGAAUGGAAAUAAAUGUUUUGUAACUCUU